AUGUGGGAUCAGCUACCUGAGCUGAUAUUGACGCAGAUAUUCGGCCAUCUCGAUCGCGCGGAUCGCGCCAGCGUCAGCCAAGUCUGCCGGUCAUGGAAUCGCACGUUGUCCUCACCCGUGCUCUGGCGAUCCGUCACGGUUCUCAUCGAUCGCGAUCUGCGCGGCGACUUCCCACUGGCAGGAGAACUCGCCGCGAAAUAUGGACAGCAUAUGCGCAGCCUGGAGCUCGCUUUUUCGCGGCCGUACAUUUCGCCGAGACAGAUCAGGAUCAGGCGCAACACUCAGGCCGAGGCGGGCGCCGAUUUUCUGGCGAUCGUACGCGCGAAGGAUGUGCAGCUGCGGCGACUGAUAUUGACAAACUGGGUGUUCGGCUACAAAUGGGGCAAUCGGGGAACGCUGCUCUGUGCCCUGGCAAACUUUCUACGCGGUCAACGCAGCUUGGAGAUCCUGAGCUUAUUAAACGCGGACUUCGGCGUGACGGACGUCUUGCGACUGCUGGGAACGGUUGUCAAAGGGUCCGGUGAACAUCUAGUCUCGCUGGAUCUCCGCGGUGCUUUCAGAGAGUGGCAAGCUCCCCACGACAAUCCGAGAUACUUGCGCCUACUGGGUCGUUUUCACGCGCUGACUCUGUUGAAAUUGGAUUAUCCGGCUUUAUCAAAUCACGCUCUCGACGCUCUUGCAAAUGGAUCAUCGAAAACGCUAAAGUACCUGUACAUAUCCGUAAGGGACUCGGACUCUAGGCAGCACAUGGUAGCGGACGUUGCCUGGCGCAAUUUGGUGUUAGCUUGCCCUGAUUUAACAGUGUCCUAUACUAUAGUGAACAUCUCGCACUAUGAGGACAUGUACUACUUACUAUUGCCUAGUAUCCCCCUAGCUAAGUUCCACAUGUUCAGCGGGCACGUAUGGGAUCAGAGCAGGUCACGGAACUUCAGGAGCACGAUCGGUCUGAUAAUUACUCAAUACACAAAUACGUUAGUUGAAGUUAUGCUGCAGCUUAGAAACAAUCGCGAAUCACUCGACGAUCUGUUGGUGUCCAUGCUGAUACGUUGCAAGCGCUUGACGAGAUUGCAGUAUGAUGGAAUUAUAAGGAGCCUCGAGACUCUACGCGAGAUAUGUCAGCUUCAGGCCGAACGCAAAACCCAUUUCAGGACAAUACAUGUGAAACCUCGGAACAUCAAUAUUCAUAAUCGUGCUAUACUGAACAAUAUUAAUUAUCGAUACGAUCGCAAAAUGCACGAACAAGAAGUCGACUUUCGGAUUGAGGAUCCUACCUCGAUCUUAUUCUUUUAUUGA